AUGGCCGCCACCGUCAAGACCCUGGACCAUCUCGUCCUCACCUGCGCCGACGUGUCCGCCACCAUCGCCUUUUACACCGCGCACCUCGGCAUGCGCGCCUCCGCGUUCGUGUCCCCCAAGGACGCCGAGGGCACCCCCGCGCGGCGCGCGCUGCAUUUCGGCGCGCAAAAGAUCAACCUCCACCAGCGCGGCGCCGAGUUUGAGCCCAAGGCCCGGACGGCGCUGCCGGGCACGGCGGACCUCUGCUUCGAGCUGGACGACGCGGUGAGGCUGGAAGAUGUGCAGAGGAGGCUGAAGGAGGCGGGGAGCGUGACGCUGGAGGAAGAGGGGGAGAUUGUGUUCAGGACGGGCUCCAGGGGACGGAUGAGGAGCUUGUAUAUCCGGGAUCCGGACGGCAACUUGAUAGAGUAA